AUGGGGUUGGGGGGCGUCGGAGAGCGCUCCAGGCGGAAGGCCAAGGUCCGAAGGCAUCUUGGCACCGCCGCUCCGCCCGGAGGCACGGACGUCGCAGGCCCGGGGAGCAGGGGCCAGGCCAGGGUCCCCAGGGCGCUCCCCAAGGGUGAGGCCCCACCCCUCAGGCACCCCACCCGCCGGGAUGCCCGGCCGGCAGAUGGGCCGCCUGCGGAGGGGGCGGCGGGCGUCUGGCGGACACAGGCGCGCCCGCGGGACAAAGCCGGCGGAGACAAAGGCGCGGCCAACACCUCCGCCCGUUUCCCGCAGGCCCGGAAGCCCCUAGUGGAGAAGAAGAGGCGCGCGCGGAUCAACGAGAGCCUGCAGGAGCUGCGGCUGCUGCCCGGGGCUGCCGAGCGGGUGCGGGUGGGCGCGGCCCUAACGCGCCUCCCCGUCCGUCCCCACCCGGCGCCCCCGCCGGCGCAGGUGCAGGCCAAGCUGGAGAACGCCGAGGUGCUGGAGCUGACGGUGCGCCGCGUGCAGGGCGCGCUGCGGGGCCGAGCUCGCGGACGCGAGCAGCUGCAGGCGGAAGCGAGCGAGCGCUUCGCUGCCGGCUACAUCCAGUGCAUGCAUGAGGUGCACACGUUCGUGUCCACGUGCCAGGCCAUCGAUGCCACCGUCGCCGCGGAGCUCCUGAAUCACUUGCUGGAGUCCAUGCCGCUGCGCGAGGGCAGCAGCUUCCGGGAUCUGCUGGGGGACACCCUGGCCGGGCCCCCUGGGGCCCCGAGUCGAAGCGGCUGGCUCACAGGAGGGGCCCUAGGGUCCCCGUUGCCCAGCCCUCUAGGCCCCGGGGACGACCUGUGCUCCGACCUGGAGGAGGCUACCGAGGCUGAACUGAGCCGCGCACCUGCGGAGGGGCCAGACUUAGCGCCGGCGGCCCUGAACAGCCUGACCGCAGCCCGCACAGCCCGGAGCGUCUGGAGGCCUUGGUGACCCACACCAGCCCGCGCUCUAGUCCCUCCUCCCUGGGGUCCAGAUGUGGUGGGACAGGGUCCUCGAUGCCCCUCAGAUCUGCCUGCCCUCCUGUUCCAGUGGACGGCUUGUGGGGCAGUCCUGGAUCACCCAACCAGUCAGGCCCCUAGCCCUGUGUCUUAAGGGAGUAACUUUUAUGGACCCCGCAGCGCCAGGGGUUGGUGGGAGGGGGCUACAGGCAGUAGGAAGAAUCCUGCAGAGCUAUCAGGGCUCGCCUGGGUUUUCCUGUCCGGGCCUUCUCAGGCACUCUCUGGGUCAGGGGACAGAGGUGACAGGAGUGGUGCUGAGCCUCUCCUCCAUGCUAGGCACUUGUGUCUGGGCAGAGGGAGCCCUCAGGCCCUGGCAACCCUGAACUGAGCAGAAGCUUGAACCUGCCACUUCAGCCAGGACAGGGCAGGCAGGUGCAGCAUUGCCCAUAACUGCCGGAGAGCAGUGAGGCUUUCAGUACGUCUUGCAGUUAGCACACUUACGUUUGUGUUUUAGGUUGCCAUCGAAUGUUCCAAUUCUGUUAAAUAAAGGAUUUGGGAGAGUUAGUUUCCCUUCUGAAGUAUUACUGAA